GCUUGUUUUGUAGCCUACCGCCGUCGACACCAGUUCUGUAGCUUGUCACCUCCGCCGCAUCUGUAGUCUGCCUAAUUUGCUGAAGUGUGCUCUAGCUGCCACCACUGCCAAAGUUUGUGAGCGCUGCUGCUCUGGCUCGUUGCGAUCAUUACAGAUACCUCCAAAUCGUCGCUGCCUCUACUAGGAUUCGUCUAUGCCUGCAACAACAUCCUGCAUCUAGCAUCACAAAUCUAGUGAUUCAGUGGAACCGUGCAAGGAAGGAUAGGCAAUCAACAACUCUUCCGUCAAACACUCAAAAUAAUGAGGGGCAUUUUGGACAUUACUUACCCCAUCUUGGUAUUUGCGCAAAAAUGAAAGUAGACAAACAAAGUGCGAGGGAAGAUGUCUUGUUGGGUGGUUGCCGGAGAGCGACAAGCAGCUCGCAUAAGAGGACUGUACUUGCAAGCCAUUCUGAGACAGGACAUUGCAUUCUUUGACACUGAAACUGAAACUGGAGAGGUCAUAGCUCGAAUGUCUGGUGAUACUAUUCUCAUUCAAGAAGCCAUGGGUGAAAAGGCUGGGAAGUUCAUACAAUUUACUUCAACAUUCAUUGGAGGCUUUGUGAUUGCCUUUAUAAAAGGAUGGCUUCUUGCAUUGAUUUUAUCAUCCAGCAUACCCGCCCUAGUUAUUGUGGGAGGAUUCAUGACAUCGCUCAUGUCAAAAAUGUCAAGUCAUGGACAAGUUGCUUAUGCACACGCUGGAAAUGUAGUAGAGCAGACAAUAAGAGGGAUUAAAACGGUUGCCUCAUUCACAGGAGAGAUACGCGCAAGCGACAAAUACGAUGACCAACUGCAAACUGCUUAUAAGUCUAUGGUGGAACAAGAGUUGGCUUCUGGUUUAGGACUUGGUGUUAUGUCACUAGUGGUCAAUACUACUUACGCUCUUGCUAUAUGGUAUGGUUCAAAGCUGAUAAUCCACAAUGGAUACACAGGAGGAGACGUGACUAACAUUCUUUUUGGCAUCAUGACGGGAGGAAUGUCACUAGGCCAAACAAGUCCAUCUUUCAAUGCAUUUGCAGCAGGGAAGGCAGCUGCAUACAAAAUGUUUGAGACAAUAAAUCGAAAACCAUAUAUCGAUGUUUCUGCCACAAGUGGCAUUGAAAUGGAAGACAUGAGGGGCGAGAUCGAGCUGAAGGAUGUGUAUUUCAAAUAUCCGGCGAGGGAAGAUGUGCAAAUUUUCGCUGGAUUUUCCCUUCAUGUCCCUUGUGGCAAAACUGCAGCUUUGGUUGGUCAGAGUGGAAGUGGAAAGUCUACCGUUAUUAGUUUGCUGGAACGGUUUUAUGAUCCUGAUUCUGGAGAAGUGCUCAUAGACGGUGUUAAUCUUAAAAAAUUUAAGGUAAAAUGGUUAAGGGAGAAAAUAGGAUUAGUGAGCCAAGAACCAAUCUUGUUUUCUACUAGCCUAAAAGAGAACAUAGCCUAUGGUAAGCAAAAUGCUACAGAUACAGAUAUCAGAGUAGCAAUAGAGCUUUCAAAUGCUGCCAAAUUCAUUGACAAGCUCCCUAAGGGACUGGAUACAGUGGUUGGUGAGAAUGGAACACAACUAUCUGGUGGACAAAAGCAAAGGAUUGCAAUUGCAAGGGCCAUUAUAAAGAACCCAAAAAUCCUCCUCCUUGAUGAAGCUACUAGUGCUUUGGAUGCAGAAUCAGAACGCACUGUGCAAGAAGCACUUGACAAGGUUAUGAAGGGAAGAACCACUGUGGUUAUUGCUCAUCGCUUGACAACGAUUCGAAAUGCUGAUCUGAUAAAUGUAGUAGAAACCGGGAAGCUCGUGGAACAAGGCACUCAUGAUGAGUUAAUCAGAGAUCCUAAUGGGGUGUACACACAGCUAGUAAGAAUGCAGCAAAGAUAUAAGCAAGAAGAGAUGACAAAAGAUUUGGAAAUUAAUCUCGUGGCAAUGACAAAUGUCGAUGAGUUAAGUAGAUCAUCAUCAAGCUUAAGAUUCUCUACCAUGAGACGAUCCACAAGCCAUGGGUCAUCAAGACAUUCUUUCACACACACCUGUCCUAUUCCGGGAACAAUUGACAUCCAAGAAUAUGAAAUCAGAAAUGAUCAAAAAGUUGAAGAGCCAUGUGAUGGAACUGCUAAAAAAAGGAACGACGUGUCUCUGAGAAGGCUUGCCUUCCUUAACAAACCAGAAAUUCCAUAUUUGUUUCUUGGAGCAGUAGUUGCAUGUUUUCGUGGACUACUCUUUCCCUUAUCAGGCCUCCUCCUCUCCAUCGCCAUCAAAAUUUUCUUUGAGCCUCAGCCAAAAUUGCCAAAAGAUUCCAGGUUCUGGGCACUUGUGUAUAUUUUGGUCGGCCUUACGACUUUAGUAGUUGUACCCAUCCAGAAUUUGUUCUUUGGAAUUGCGGGUGGGAAAUUGAUCCAGAGAAUACGCUCAUUAACAUUCAAGAAAGUAGUCUGCCAAGAAAUGAGCUGGUUUGAUGAUCCUGCAAAUUCAAGUGGUACAAUUGGGGCAAGAUUAUCGAUCAAUGCUUCCACUGUUAGGAGCAUAGUGGGAGAUGCUUUGGCACUCUUUGUCCAGAACAUAGCAGCAGUUUUUGCAGCCCUCAUAAUUGCCUUUGCAGCUAAUUGGAUUUUGGCUAUAAUAGUCCUCCUUGUAUUACCAUUUAUUGGGUUUCAAGGCUUUAUACAGAUGAAAUUCAUCCAAGGCUUUGGCAAAGAUGCAAAAGUGAUGUAUGAAGAAGCGAGUGCAGUUGCGAAUGAUGCGGUUGGGGGUAUAAGGACAGUGGCAUCUUUUUGUGCAGAAGAGAAAGUUAUGGCCGUGUUUAAAAGAAAGUGUGAAGGCCCCUUGAAGCAAGGGAUUAAGGUAGGAAUAGUAAGCGGGUUGAGUUUAGGCAUCAGCUCAGUAGUUCUCUUUCUUGCAACUGCGUUUUGUUUCUUCAUAGGUGCCAUUCUUGUUCAACACGACAAAGCAAGCUUCGCACAAGUCUUUAAGGUUUUCUUUACAUUGACCGCGACAGCAAAUGCAGUUUCUCAGGCUUCUGUCACCGCACCAGACCUUAACAAGGUUAAGGAUUCUGCGGCGUCUAUAUUUGACAUUCUUGACAGGAAACCAAAGAUCGAUAGCAGUAGUGAAGAUGGUAGGUCUUUGACAACCAUCCGGGGAGAUAUAGAGUUGCAAAAUAUCACUUUCAGAUAUCCCACUCGCCCGGAUACCCUGAUAUUCAAGGACUUGUGCCUCACCAUGCCUGCUGGAAAGACAUGUGCUCUUGUGGGAGAAAGUGGGAGUGGGAAAUCAACAGUGAUUGGUCUGAUAGAGAGAUUCUAUGACCCUGAUUCUGGACAAGUGUUGUUAGAUGGGUUUCCAAUCAAGAACCUGAAGCUAAGUUGGCUAAGGCAACAAAUGGGACUAGUGAGCCAGGAGCCAAUACUCUUCAACGAAACAAUCCGGGACAACAUAGCCUACGGCAAACAAGGGAACAUUACAGAGGAAGAGAUCAUUGAGGCAGCCAAAUCAUCAAACGCGCACAACUUCAUCUCAUCAUUGCCACAAGGCUAUGGGACAUCAGUGGGGGAGAGAGGGAUACAACUAUCCGGCGGUCAAAAGCAACGAAUAGCCAUUGCCAGGGCCAUACUGAAAAACCCUAAAGUUCUCAUGCUAGACGAGGCUACAAGCGCACUAGACACCGAGUCAGAGCGGGUCGUGCAAGAGGCAUUAGACCGGGUUAUGGUGAACCGGACCACCAUCAUCGUGGCUCAUCGCCUCACCACAAUUGCAGGUGCUGACCUGAUCGCAGUGGUCAAGGAUGGAGCGAUUGCAGAGCAAGGAAGGCACGAUGCACUUUCGAAUAUCAAGGAUGGAGUUUAUGCUUCCUUAGUCGCACUCCACGCAUAAUAACAAUGCUAAGCUUAGAUAGAUAACAUGUAUUUGGCAUGCCACACCCCCCCCCCCCCAAAAGUACGUCCCUCCCAAAGUAACAUGUUUACCAAGGGCAAAUUUCAUUUAUAAAAUUAUAUAGUCAUGUCAUCUUUUAUUUUGUAGAACAUUCGAUGUACUUCAUAGUUUUUAAUUUAUAAAUUUUAUUUUCUAAUUCCACCUCAAUUCUUAUAUAAAUGGUAUGCAAAAAAUUCAAUAAAAAAUCAUAAAUUGAAACAGACAAU